AUGGAGACAGCAGCUGGCUGCUGGGCAGCUGGGCGCCCGGGCCACUGCGUCGCCCUUGCCUGCACGGUGGAUGGAGACAGCAGCUGGCUGCUGAGCAGCUGGGCGCUGCCGAGGCAGGGGCGGUUCCGCGCGCGCCUCGGCGCGGACGAGACCGCGCUGCGCGCGUUCUGGCGGGCCUUCUUGAGCAGACCCAUCAAGGCCGACCUCAGGGCAAACCGCCUUGUCAUCGGCGGCAUGGGCAUCGACCGGCCCGAGGCGACGACGCCGUUCGCUCUGCCUGCCGGCGGCAACGGCGACCGACCACUGUGGCCUCGCUUAGUCGAGGAUUUCGCCGCCCUUGGUUCUGGCGCUGUCGGCGGCGCAGAAGUCGCGCGCGAUCCCGGCGGAGAUCUCUGGAAGAUCGCGCUGGUCUUCGUCAAGUGCGACAAGGGCGCGCGGGCGGAACGCCUCGGCCUGGCGCGCUUCGGAUCGCGCGGCGAGCUGCGCGCAGUCCUGGUCGCGCUCGAUGAGUUGCGCGCCGCGCUCUGCGGGGCGCCGAUGUUCCCGCCCGACGGGGCGGCGGCACUCGCGCGCCGGUUGCGCUUGGAUUUCGGCGCAGCAUGCCGGCGCCAGCGCGAGCCACCACGCCGCCCGGGCAUCUGCGCAUUCACCGUGGCGCUGAAAGUCUGGGCCCUCGCGCCGCUCCCUCGCGCCGGCUGCCCGUGCCUCGCUGCCCCGCGGCGCUCGGGGCCUCUGCGGCCGGCCGACCCCCCCGCCCCGUGGCUCGAGCUCGCGCUCGGGCUCCAGACGAAUACGGAGGCGGAGCAGUCCGAGCAGCGGGUCUACACUCAGCCGCGGUCGGGGAAGAGCGCCCAGGUCGAGCGGUAUCCACUCCGGGCCGCGCGGUGUCCAGCGAUGGCCGCGCAGCGCACCGCGCGCGCCGUGCUCCUCGCGGCCGGGCUGCUCGCGGCACCGGCCGCGGGCGCGACGCCGAUGGAGAAGGUCAUCACUCUGAUCGAGGAGAUGAAGACGGAGGUCGAGACCGAGGGUGCCACCGAGGCCAAGGCGUACGACAAGUUCGCGUGUUUCUGCAGGGACACCACGGCUUCCAAGGCCGACGCCGUCACCGGCGGCAGGGCCACCAUCGACGACCUGUCGACCUCGAUCGCGGAAGACACCGCGCAGCUCAGGGUGAGCACCACCGACCUCACGGACCGCAAGGUGCUGCAGGAGUCCCUCACGAAGCAGGGCGCCGCCAAGAAAUUAGAGUGCGAGAAGGAGGAGGUAGACUACAAAUCGGAGGCCGCCAAGAUGUCCAAAGCGAUCACCUCGAUCCAGAAUGCCGUCAAUGCUCUCGAGUCCUCGAAGCCCGCGCCCUCGGCGCUGCUGGAGCUGCGCCAGGCCGCCAGGGAGUCCCCCGGCCUCGCCGCAGCGGUCAGCUUGAUGGAGCAGCGCGCGACCAGCCUCCGCAGGGUGGACCCGCUGAGCCCGGAGUACAAAUUCUUCUCGCAGCCGAUCAUCGACACGCUCACGAAGCUGCUGGGCGAGUUCGGCGGCAAGAAGACCGAGCUGGACGACGAGUGGUCCAAGACGAAGUCCAUCUGCGACACGACCCUGCUGGACUUCGGCACCCAGAUGGACAACAACGGCAACUCGAUGCUCGACCUGACCGCGGCGGUCGAGACGCUCAAGGGCACCAUCGCCGCAGCGAGGGAGCAGCUCGUGCUCGCUGAGGCCACCCUCAAGGACGACAAGCUCUACCUCAAGGACCUCACCGAGCAGUGCGAGAGGCGCGCGAGCGACUGGGACCAGCGCUCCGCCACGAGGGGGGAGGAACUGGCCGCCCUGGCGCAGGUGCUGGAGAUCCUGACGGGGCACACGUCCGCGUUGGACGCCGAAGUGAACAAGCGCGCGCUCCUCGUGCAGCGCGCCAACCGCACCGGCCAGGCGGCCACCGGCCAAGUUGCCGCCAUGAGGGGCAUUCGCGAGGUGCCCUCGCUCCUGCAGCGCGCCUCCCACGGCGCGCCCAGCGGGGCCUCCCUGGCGGCCGUCGCGGCGCACGACCACGAGGGCGCUGCCGCGCAGGGCCAGAAACUCAGGAUGUCGGCGGACCGUCAGAGCACGAUUCAGAAUGGACACGAAGGUUAUCCUACGUGA